GCGAAGCCGAAGCCUUCGCCAUCCACGCCGCCAUGAGCCAAGAAGCCGAGGUGGACAUGAAGGAGGUGGAGCUCAACGAGCUGGAGCCCGAGAAGCAGCCCAUGAACGCGGCCGCCCCGCUGGCCGCCGCCGCGGCCGGAGAGAAGAACGGCGUGGUUAAGGUCAAGGUGGCCGACGACGAGGCCGACGCCGUGGGCGGCGCGGCCGGCGCCAAGUUCACGGGGCUGUCCAAGGAGGAGCUGCUCAAGGUGGCCGGGAGCCCCGGCUGGGUGCGCACCCGCUGGGCCCUGCUGCUGCUCUUCUGGCUGGGCUGGCUGGGCAUGCUGGCCGGCGCCGUGGUCAUCAUCGUGCAGGCGCCGCGCUGCCGCGAGCUGCCGGCCCAGCGCUGGUGGCACCAGGGCGCCCUGUACCGCGUCAGCUCCCCGAAGGCCUUCCGGGGCCAGGCCGGGAACGCCAGCGCUCUGGCCGCGGUGAGCGAGCGUCUGGAUUACCUGAGCAGCCUCAAGGUGAAGGCGCUGAUCCUGGGACCCAUCCACAGGAACCCCGAAAAUGACUUUGCCGGCACCAACCUGCUGCAGAUCGACCCCACGGUCGGCUCCCGGGAGGAGUUCACCCGUCUCUUGGAAGCAGCCAAGAAAAAGAACAUCCACAUCAUCCUCGAUCUCACCCCCAACUACCAAAGUCAGAGCAGCUGGUUUCUGCCCAAUCAGAGUGAAGAAGUGAGCGCGAAGCUGAAGGAAGCCCUGAGCUUUUGGCUGAAGGCCGGGGUGUAUGGUGUCCAGGUCCACAAUGUCCAGAACCUCACGGACGCUUCUUCAUUCCUGUCUCUGUGGAGUAACUUCACUCAUGGCAUCGGUGAGGACAGGGUCUUCAUCGCGGGAACAGAAGCCUCGGAGCUCUCUGCGAUCAUGAGCCUGCUGAACGACACCGACCUGCUGAGCAGCUCGUACCUGGGGAACUUUGGGAAGAGUAUUUCCUCAGGGAAAGAGCUGAAGGAGCUGGUCACUAACUACCUGCACGCUGCUGGGAACACCUGGAGCACCUGGACGGCCUCUCAGUUGAGCCACUUGAGCGCCUAUGUGCCUACCCAGUUCCUGGGCCUUUACCACCUCUUGCUGUUCACGCUACCCGGAACACCCAUCUUCAGUUACGGGGAUGAAAUUGGCUUGCCGGUGCAGUUGCUCCCAGGACAGCCUGCUGAAGCCCCCAUGCUUUGGAAUGAAAAGACACUUGGGUCGUAUGCAUCCAUAACCCCCAACAUGACUGUGCAGGGCCAGGAUGCCCAGCACGGUUCUCUCCUCUCCCUGUUCCGAGACCUGAGCGACAAGCGCGGGAAGGAGCGGUCCUUGCUGCACGGGGACUUCCUGGUCCUGCCCACCCCAGACGAGCUCUUCGCCUACGUGCGGCACUGGGACCAGAACGAGCGGUUCCUCGUCGUGCUCAACCUGGGCCCUGUGAGCCAGCAGGCCCAGCUGAAGGUGCCGGGCAGCGGCCAGAAGCUGGAGCUCCCCGAGAAGGCCACCCUGCUGCUGAGCACCCAGAGGGGCAUCCAGGAGGGCACCACGUUGCCCCUGAGCCAGCUGCCCGUGGCCCCAGGGGAGGGGCUGCUGCUCAAAUUCCCCUACGUGGCAUGAGCUGCGCCGGGAUGCUCUGUCUGUGUCUGACUGUGUGUGUCCACGGGGCUGAGGUUUGGGGGUUUUUUAUUGUGCAAGUUUUCAUGAGAAGAAGUUUGAAACCUUUAGCUGUGUAUUAAAGCGAUAGCCAUGAGCAUUUUCUA